CUCGGCUCAGCAUAUCGACAAUCUCUGGUGUUCCCACUGCUGCAAGAUUUGCCGAUUUAAUUGAGAGGCUUUCGCCAUGAACGUCUGGACUGAGCACAGAAAUCCGGAGGGACGUACUUACUGGUUCAAUACAGGCACCAGGGAGAGUGUUUGGGAGAAGCCCGAUGAUCUCAAGACUCCAUUUGAGCGCGCGCUGAAUCAGACGAAAUGGAAGGAAUACUUCUCAGGAGGGAGGAAAUAUUACUACAACACCGAGACGAAGGAGUCUAAGUGGGAUAUGCCCGACGAACUCAUCCUGCUCCUGGAGAAGGUAGAGAAGGAAGGCAAGGCGGCUCAACAGCCGAACAAUGCUUUGGUAGCACCGGCCUUCACGUCGGCAGGGAACCUCGGGACCCCAAUGCAAGGUGCACCUGCUGCUCUGGGAGGGACUGACCAAUCCUUAUCCGCCCCCGGUUCUCAGACGCAUCCGAACGGACACAUUGGCGAGCUAGCUGUUGGCAUGCACACGGGCGCCCUACCGUUCGCGCCGACCAGCGUAUUGCCUCCGCGCCCCAACAUGCCUGAUGAUCCCGUCAUUCCUCACAAUGGGUUUGCGACAGUCGAGGAAGGAGAGAAGGCGUUUACUCAUCUUUUACGCAAGGCUGGUGUGGAUGCGAACUGGACUUGGGAUCAGACGAUGCGUGCCUGCAUUACUGAUCCACUUUACAAAGCGUUGAACACGCUCGCCGAAAAGAAGGCCUGUUGGCAAAAGUAUACGGACGCUUUACGUGCUAAGGAGCAGGAGGAGCGCGAUGCUCGCUUGUCUAAGUUGCGUCCUGCCAUUCGAAACAUGCUAAAGGGCAAUCCAAACGUGUUCCACUACACUACAUUCGCUACCGCAGAUAGACUAUUUGCACAGCAUCCUAUCUGGCAGCAGGCGAAAUUUGAGGCCGAGCGAAGGCUGAUCUUCGAAGAAUACGUCAAUGAGCUGAAGCAGCGCGAAGUGCAAGAGAGCCGUGCAUCCCGUGCUCGCAGUGUCUCGAAGAUUGUCGCGUUGUACAAACGGCUUGAUGUGGACGUGACCACGCGCUGGCGCCAGGCUCACCAAAUGGUGCUUGAUUCAGACGAGUGGAAAGAUGACCCAGAGUUGCAGAAGCUGCCCACACUGGACAUACUGCUUGCAUUCGAGGACUACAGCCGUGUGCGUGAGCGUGAGUUCGAAGAGCAAAUGCGGCGUGCGCAGGUGGAGAAGACUCGCAAGGAGCGCAAGGCGCGAGAGGCGUUCAGGGAGCUCCUUCAGAGCCUAGUCAAGUCCGGCCAAAUCAAGGCCCGCACCAAGUGGAAGGAGGUCUAUCCCGUCUUCUCGGAAGACUCGCGCUACCUCAACAUGCUCGGCAACCCGGGCUCCAAUCCUCUUGAGCUAUUUUGGGAUGUCAUAGACGAAUUCGAUCAGCAGCUCGAUGCGAAGAUCGACACCGUCGAGGGUGCAAUGCGGCGCCACAAUCGGAACCUGGAGCUACAGCAGGCCAAGCCCGAGGGCGAGAAGGCCGAAGGCCAGGAAGCUACGGAUGGCGGUGUGAAGCUAUUCAAGAUCGGUCCCGAGACGACGGAGGAAGCAUUCAUGGUAGUCAUGAAGGCGGAGGAGGAUGAUGCUAUGCGCAAGCUAUCGCAAGCGGAUCUCAAGGAAGCAUACAAUACGCUAUAUCUACAAGCUGUCAAGCAGCAGGCGGACGAGAAACGUCGUGCGGAGAGAAAGCAGCGCCACCUGCAGGACGACUUUCGCUAUGCCCUUAAGAAGCUCCCUGAGCCUCUGGAUCUCAACCUGUCAUAUGAAGAGGCUGUUCAGUUCAUGCAAGAUUUGCCUGAGUUCAAAGCGAUUGAAGAAGAGGAAGGCAGGAGAGCCGCUCACGCCAAGUUUGUCAAACGACAGAAGGAACGCCUGCGGGAACGCGAACGAGAAGCUUCUGAGGACGGCGGCUCCACAACGAGUCGUAAACGCAAGGAGCCGUCCAAGGACGAACAGGAACGCGGUCGGGAUCAUCGAGAGAAGGACAGGGAAUUAGAGCACCACGACAAACGAACCCAUCGCGUCCACGAUGAAUAUGAUAGCCACGGUCGUCGCUCAUCCAGAGACUAUGCAAACGUACGCGAUCGCGACUACCCGAGAGAAAAGGCAUAUGCUGGACGCGAGAAGGAAAGAGAGAAGGAGAAGGACAGGGACUAUGCGUACAGGUCGUCCCGGCACCACAAAGAAUACGAAAGGGACGAUAGGCGGCGAGAUAGACGAGGCUCGCGCGCCGACUACGAUGCCUAUGGAGGCCGAGAGUGGGACGACGGUGCUGGACCGCCUCCACCGCCUCUAGCGCAAUAUCGCGAGGAUAGAGAGAGGAGUGCUUCUCUCUACCAUGAAGACCCUCGAGAAAAGAGAGAUCGGACCAUAUAUGAGGACCGAUUGUACGAGGAAAGGCCGGACAAGAAAGCAAGAUACAGCGUGCCUCCCGAAGCAUCAGUGGAGGAGGCACCGAAGCAAGAGCCUCCUGCGCGUGCAGAGACUCCUGAGGAGGGCGAGAUUUGAUGCGUACGCGCGCUGAGCAUGGGCGCCUCGGAGGAAUGUCUGUUAGCUGUCCUACUGAUCUACAAUACAAUGUCGAUUGGCCCGAUUCUGAGACGUGUAUAUUCCUGCUUGUGUGUGACUCUUCUCUGGUAGCCUUUUCUCCUCUUCUUCUUGAAGAUCAUCUCCAUCUUUCCCUUUGUGUGCUCGACCACAGUUGCCUCCACCUUGACUUUCUCUGGUGGGAGGACGGGGUUGCCGCGCACGGUGUACUCACGCGAGCCGACUUCGUGAAUCUCGGAGAGCUGGAGUAUGUCGCCGACGCGUACGUCUUUGAGACGAGGGACGGUGAGGAGGUCCCUCGGCGCGAGGAGAUACUUGCGGCCUGCGACGGACGCGACGACGUACUUGGACGGCUGUGA